GGCUCUCUUCCUCUCCUCGUCUCUCUCCAGCUCUCGCCAAACCAGACCAGACCAACCCACCCACUGGACCUGACCGUGCCUGCUUCGUCCAGCCCUGGCUCUCGCGAUCCACUCCUCUCGAGCUCGACGGAAUCCCGGGGGGAGAGAGAGGGAGAACAGCAGCCGGCCGGCCGCAGAGGGCAACAGCUGCCUAACAACCCGCCACCCGCAGGCAGGCAGGAAGCGGCGGGGGGAUGGGGCAGGCUAUUCGCAAGCUCUUCGAUUCCUUCUUCUCCACCAGAGAGAUGAGGGUUGUGAUGCUUGGUUUGGAUGCAGCUGGUAAAACAACAAUAUUGUACAGGCUGCACAUGGGAGAGGUUCUUUCAACAGUCCCUACAGUGGGUUUUAAUGUGGAGAAAGUUCAGUAUAAGAAUGUAGUAUUCACUGUGUGGGAUGUUGGGGGCCAAGAAAAACUCAGGUCUCUGUGGAAGAUGUACCUCAGUAAUUCUGAUGCACUGAUAUAUGUCGUUGAUUCUUUGGACAGAGAAAGGAUUGGAGACGCAAGACAGGAAUUUCAGACUAUUAUCAAGGACCCUUUGAUGGCAAACAGCAUAAUCUUAGUAUUUGCAAACAAGCAAGACCUGAGAGGUGCAAUGAGCACAGAUGAGGUUAGCGAAGGACUGGGAUUGCAUGAUCUCAGGAACAGAAUAUGGCACAUACAGGGGACCUGCGCACUACGUGGUGAGGGCCUGUAUGAUGGUCUUGACUGGCUUGCAUCCACCCUGAAGCAGCUGCAAGAAUCAGGCCAUGCAACUUCAGUUGCUGGCCCUUCCAUCUAACUCAACAGAAGUGACCUCGGUGUCUCAACCAACUGGCGCCUCAUCUGCAAUGGCCUGUUGAUCUGCUAAGUGCUCCCACGGGAAUAUGCUCCAGAGCAAAAGGCAUUCCUUUGGUGUGGCUGUCCAGUGCCCGCAGAUGGAAUUCGUUUGCUUCAUAUGAGCCAAUUCACGCAGCAGGAAUUCACAUGCCUUUCUUCCUAGAUGUUUGUAAAGCCUUAGAUGAGAGGAUGUUAUGUGUAUCAACGUUGAUCUUGUCUUGUGUGUAUACUUGAGGGCAGGUGCACGUGGUUUCUUUUGGUGAGUGAUUGUUUGUCAAUAAAAAUUUGCUUUGUGAUUCUAGCA